AUGGAGCGCGGCGGCCGGGGCUGGGCGCCGCGGACUUUCCUCCUGGCCGUGGUGCUGGGGGCGACGCUGAGGGCGCGCACCACGGCGGGCUACUAUCCCCGCUUCUCGCCCUUCUUUUUCCUGUGCACCCACCACGGGGAGCUGGAAGGGGAUGGGGAGCAGGGCGAGGUGCUCAUUUCCCUGCACAUUGCGGGCAACCCCACCUUCUACGUACCGGGACAGGAAUACCAUGUGACAAUUUCAACAAGCACCUUCUUUGAUGGCCUGCUGGUGACAGGACUGUAUACCUCUACAAGUGUUCAGUCUUCACAGAGCAUUGGAGGUUCCAAUGCUUUUGGAUUUGGGAUCAUGUCUGAGCACCAGUUUGGUAACCAGUUUAUGUGCAGUGUGGUGGCCUCUCAUGUGAGUCAUCUGCCUACCACCAACCUCAGUUUUGUCUGGAUUGCCCCACCUGCUGGCACAGGCUGUGUGAAUUUCAUGGCUACAGCUACACAUAGAGGCCAGGUUAUUUUCAAAGAUGCAUUAGCCCAGCAGUUGUGUGAACAAGGAGCUCCAACAGAGGCCAGUACACAUCCACAUCUAGCUGAAAUACAUAGCGACAGUAUUAUCCUACGAGAUGACUUUGACUCCUACCCACAACUGGAAUUAAAUCCAAAUAUCUGGGUUGAAUGUAACAACUGUGAGACUGGAGAGCAGUGUGGUACAAUUAUGCAUGGCAAUGCUGUCACCUUCUGUGAGCCAUAUGGUCCCCGAGAAUUGACUACCACAAGCCUAAAUACAACAACAGCUUCUGUCCUCCAGUUUUCCAUUGGGUCAGGCUCCUGUCGGUUUAGUUACUCUGACCCCAGCAUCAUCGUGUCAUAUGCCAAGAAUAAUACUGCAGACUGGUUUCAGCUUGAGAAAAUUAGAGCCCCUUCCAAUGUGAGCACAAUCAUCCAUAUUCUUUACCUUCCUGAAGAUGCCAAAGGAGAAAACAUUCAGUUUCAGUGGAAGCAGGAAAACCUUCAUGUAGGUGAAGUGUAUGAAGCCUGCUGGGCAUUGGAUAACAUCCUGGUCAUCAAUUCAGCCCACAGACAAGUGGUUUUAGAAGAUAGUCUGGAUCCAGUGGACACUGGAAACUGGCUUUUCUUCCCGGGAGCCACAGUCAAGCAUAGCUGUCAGUCAGAUGGGAAUUCCAUUUAUUUCCAUGGAAAUGAAGGCAGUGAGUUCAAUUUUGCUACCACCCGGGAUGUAGAUCUUUCUACAGAGGAUAUUCAAGAGCAAUGGUCAGAAGAAUUUGAGAGCCAUCCUACAGGAUGGGAUGUCUUUGGAGCUGUCAUUGGUACGGAAUGUGGAACUAUAGAAUCGGGUUUAUCAAUGGUCUUCCUCAAAGAUGGAGAGAGAAAAUUAUGUACUCCCUACAUGGACACUACUGGCUACGGAAACUUGAGGUUUUACUUUGUCAUGGGAGGAAUUUGUGACCCUGGAGACUCUCAUGAAAAUGAUAUAAUCUUGUAUGCAAAGAUAGAAGGAAGAAAAGAGCACAUCACACUGGAUAAUCUUUCCUAUUCCUCUUAUAAGGUUCCAUCUUUGGUUUCUGUGGUCAUCAAUCCUGAACUUCAGACUCCUGCUACCAAGUUUUGUCUCAGACAAAAGAACCAUCAAGGACAUAAUAAGAAUGUCUGGGCUGUAGACUUUUUCCAUGUCUUGCCUGUUCUCCCAUCUACCCUAUCUCACAUGAUACAGUUUUCUAUUAAUCUUGGAUGUGGAACUCAUCAGCCUGGUAACAGUGUCAGCUUAGAGUUUUCUACUAACCAUGGGCGCACCUGGUCCCUCCUCCACACCGAGUGCUUGCCUGAGGUCUGUGCAGGCCCCCACCUACCCCACAGCACCGUUUACUCCUCGGAAAACUACAGUGGGUGGAACCGAAUAACCAUCCCCCUCCCUAACGCAGCAUUAACCCAAGACACCAGGAUUCGCUGGAGACAAACAGGACCAAUCCUUGGAAACAUGUGGGCAAUUGAUAAUGUGUAUAUUGGUCCAUCAUGUCUCAAGUUCUGUUCUGGCAGAGGACAGUGCACUCGGCAUGGCUGCAAAUGUGACCCUGGAUUUUCUGGACCAGCAUGUGAGAUGGCAUCCCAAACAUUCCCCAUGUUCAUUUCUGAAAGCUUUGGCAGUUCCAGACUCUCCUCUUACCAUAACUUUUACUCUAUCCGUGGUGCUGAAGUCAGCUUUGGUUGUGGUGUCUUAGCCAGUGGUAAGGCCCUCGUUUUCAACAAAGAUGGAAGGCGUCAGCUGAUUACAUCUUUCCUGGACAGCUCACAAUCCAGGUUUCUCCAGUUCACACUGAGGCUGGGGAGCAAGUCUGUUCUGAGCACAUGCAAAGCCCCUGACCAGCCUGGUGAAGGAGUUUUAUUGCAUUAUUCUUACGAUAAUGGGGUUACUUGGAAACUGCUGGAACACUAUUCAUAUCUCAACUAUCAUGAACCAAGAAUAAUCUCAGUAGAGUUACCAGAUGAUGCAAGACAGUUUGGAAUUCAGUUCAGAUGGUGGCAGCCAUAUCAUUCCUCCCAAGGAGAAGAUGUGUGGGCGGUUGAUGAGAUUAUCAUGACAUCUGUUCUGUUCAACAGCAUAAGUCUUGACUUUUCCAAUCUUGUGGAGGUCACUCAAUCUCUAGGGUUCUACCUUGGAAAUGUUCAGCCAUACUGCGGCCACGACUGGACUCUGUGUUUUACAGGUGAUUCUAAACUUGCCUCUAGUAUGCGCUAUGUGGAAACACAGUCCAUGCAAAUUGGAGCAUCUUAUAUGAUUCAGUUCAGCCUGGUGAUGGGGUGUGGCCAGAAAUACACUCCACAUAUGGAUAACCAGGUGAAGUUGGAGUACUCAACCAAUCAUGGCCUAACCUGGCACCUUGUCCAAGAAGAAUGCCUUCCAAGUAUGCCGAGUUGUCAAGAAUUUACAUCAGCAAGCAUUUACCAUGCAAGCGAGUUCACACAGUGGAGGAGAGUCAUAGUACUUCUUCCUCAGAAAACCUGGUCAAGUGCCACUCGCUUCCGCUGGAGUCAGAGCUAUUACACAGCCCAGGACGAGUGGGCUUUAGACAGCAUUUACAUUGGGCAGCAGUGCCCCAACAUGUGCAGUGGGCAUGGCUCAUGUGACCACGGCAUGUGCAGGUGUGACCAGGGCUACCAAGGCACUGAAUGCCAUCCAGACACUAUGCUUCCCUCCACAAUUAUGUCGGAUUUUGAGAACCAGAAUGGAUGGGAGUCUGACUGGCAAGAAGUAAUUGGGGGAGAAAUUGUAAAACCAGAACAAGGAUGUGGGGUCAUCUCUUCUGGAUCAUCUCUAUACUUCAGUAAGGCCGGGAAAAGACAGUUGGUGAGCUGGGAUCUGGAUACUUCUUGGGUGGACUUUGUCCAGUUCUACAUCCAGAUUGGUGGAGAGAGUGCUGCAUGCAACAAGCCCGACAGCCGAGAGGAGGGCGUCCUCCUUCAGUACAGCAACAACGGGGGCAUCCAAUGGCACCUGCUAGCUGAGAUGUACUUCUCAGACUUUAGCCGGCCCAGAUUUGUUUAUCUGGAGCUUCCAGCAGCUGCUAAGACCCAUUGCACUCGGUUCCGCUGGUGGCAGCCUGUGUUCUCCGGGGAAGACUAUGACCAGUGGGCCAUCGAUGAUGUCAUCAUUUUGUCUGAGAAGCAGAAACAGGUCAUCCCAGUUGUCAACCCAACCUUACCCCAGAACUUCUAUGAGAAACCAGCUUUCGAUUACCCUAUGAAUCAAAUGAGUGUGUGGUUGAUGCUGGCUAAUGAAGGGAUGGUUAAAAAUGAAACAUUCUGUGCUGCCACACCAUCAGCCAUGGUAUUUGGAAAGUCAGAUGGAGACCGAUUUGCAGUAACUCGAGAUUUGACCCUUAAGCCUGGCUAUGUGCUUCAGUUCAAGCUGAACAUAGGGUGUGCCAGUCAAUUCAGCAACACUGCCCCAGUCCUCCUUCAGUAUUCACACGAUGCUGGAAUGUCCUGGUUUCUGGUGAAAGAAGGCUGUUUCCCAGCUUCUGCUGGCAAAGGAUGUGAAGGGAGUUCCAGAGAACUGAGCGAGCCCACCAUGUAUCACACAGGAGACUUUGAGGAAUGGACAAGAAUUACCAUCGUUAUCCCAAGGUCUCUUGCAUCCAGCAAAACCAGAUUCCGGUGGAUCCAGGAGAGCAGCUCACAGAAGAAUGUGCCUCCGUUCGCUCUGGAUGGGGUGUACAUCUCUGAGCCUUGCCCCAACUACUGCAGUGGCCAUGGGGACUGUAUUUCAGGCGUGUGUUUCUGUGACCUGGGGUAUACUGCUGCACAAGGAACAUGUGCAUCCAGUGUCCCUAAUCACAGUGAGAUGUUUGAUAGAUUUGAAGGGAAGCUCAGCCCUCUUUGGUACAAGAUAACUGGUGGCCAGGUUGGCACUGGCUGUGGAACUCUGAAUGAUGGCAAGUCCCUUUACUUCAAUGGGCCUGGGAAAAGGGAAGCGAGGACUGUCCCUCUGGAUACCAGGAACAUUAGACUCGUUCAGUUUUAUAUACAAAUUGGAAGCAAAACUUCAGGUAUUACCUGCAUCAAACCCAGAGCUAGAAAUGAAGGGCUUGUUGUUCAAUAUUCAAAUGACAAUGGGAUACUCUGGCAUUUGCUUCGAGAGCUGGACUUCAUGUCAUUUCUGGAGCCACAGAUCAUUUCUAUUGACCUACCCCGGGAAGCAAAGACACCAGCUACAGCUUUCCGAUGGUGGCAACCACAACAUGGGAAGCAUUCGGCCCAGUGGGCUUUGGAUGAUGUUCUUAUAGGAAUGAAUGACAGCUCUCAAACUGGAUUUCAGGACAAAUUUGAUGGCUCCAUAGAUUUGCAAGCCAACUGGUAUCGAAUACAAGGAGGUCAAGUUGAUAUUGACUGUCUCUCUAUGGAUACUGCUCUAAUAUUCACUGAAAACAUAGGAAAACCUCGUUAUGCGGAGACUUGGGAUUUUCACGUGUCAGCAUCUACCUUCUUACAGUUUGAAAUGAGCAUGGGCUGUAGCAAGCCCUUCAGCGAGGCCCACAGUGUGCAGCUUCAGUAUUCUCUGAACAAUGGCAAGGACUGGCAUCUUGUCACAGAAGAGUGUACUCCUCCAACCAUUGGCUGUCUGCACUUUACAGAAAGUUCAAUUUACACCUCAGAAAGAUUCCAGAAUUGGAAGAGGAUCACUGUCUACCUUCCAUUCUCUACCAAUUCUCCCAGGACCCGGUUCAGAUGGAUCCAAGCCAACUACACUGUGGGAGCUGAUUCCUGGGCUAUUGAUAAUGUUGUCCUGGCCUCAGGCUGCCCUUGGAUGUGCUCCGGACGAGGGAUCUGUGAUGCUGGACGCUGUGUGUGUGACCGGGGCUUUGGUGGCCCCUACUGUGUUCCUGUUGUUCCACUCCCCUCCAUUCUGAAAGAUGAUUUCAAUGGGAAUUUACAUCCUGACCUUUGGCCUGAAGUAUAUGGCUCAGAGAGGGUAAAUCUGAAUGGUGAAACCAUCAAAUCUGGAACAUCACUCAUUUUUAAAGGGGAAGGACUGAGAAUGCUUAUUUCAAGAGACCUAGAUUGUACUAAUACUAUGUAUGUCCAGUUUUCACUUAGAUUUAUAGCAAAAGGUACCCCGGAGAGGUCCCAUUCUAUCCUCUUGCAAUUCUCUGUUAAUGGAGGAAUCAUUUGGCACCUGAUGGAUGAGUUUUACUUCCCUCAAACAACCAACAUACUUUUUAUUAAUGUCCCCUUGCCGUACAGUGCCCAAACCAAUGCUACAAGGUUCCGGCUCUGGCAACCUUACAAUAAUGGUAAGAAAGAAGAAAUCUGGAUUGUUGAUGACUUCAUUAUUGAUGGAAAUAAUCUGAACAACCCUGUGAUACUUCUGGACACAUUUGACUUUGGGCCCAGAGAAGACAACUGGUUUUUCUAUCCAGGUGGUAACAUCGGUCUUUAUUGCCCAUAUUCUUCCAAAGGAGCACCGGAGGAAGAUUCAGCAAUGGUAUUUGUUUCUAAUGAAAUUGGAGAACAUUCCAUUACUACCCGGGACCUGAAUGUAAAUGAGCACACCAUCAUACAGUUUGAGAUCAAUAUUGGAUGCUCCACUGAUAGCUCAUCUGCUGAUCCGGUCAGACUGGAAUUUUCAAGGGACUUUGGGGCCACCUGGCACCUGCUGCUCCCCCUCUGCUACCACAGCAGCAGCCACAUCAGCUCAUUAUGCUCCACUGAGCACCACCCCAGCAGCACCUACUAUGCAGGGACCACCCAGGGCUGGAGGAGGGAGGUCGUGCACUUCGGGAGGCUUCAUCUUUGCGGCUCUGUGCGUUUCAGAUGGUACCAGGGCUUUUACCCUGUUGGCUCUCAGCCAGUCACAUGGGCCAUUGAUAAUGUCUACAUUGGUCCCCAAUGUGAAGAGAUGUGUAACGGACAUGGGAGCUGCAUCAAUGGUACCAAGUGUAUAUGUGAUCCUGGAUACUCAGGUCCAACCUGUAAAAUAAGCACCAAAAAUCCUGAUUUCCUCAAAGAUGAUUUUGAAGGUCAACUGGAAUCUGAUAGAUUCUUAUUAAUGAGUGGUGGAAAGCCAUCUAGGAAAUGUGGAAUCCUUUCCAGCGGAAACAACCUCUUUUUCAAUGAAGAUGGCUUACGAAUGUUGAUGACACGAGACCUGGAUUUAUCACAUGCUAGAUUUGUGCAGUUCUUCAUGAGACUGGGAUGUGGUAAAGGUGUUCCAGACCCCAGAAGCCAGCCUGUGCUUCUGCAAUACUCUCUAAACGGUGGUCUCUCCUGGAGUCUACUUCAAGAGUUCCUCUUCAGCAACUCCAGCAACGUGGGCAGGUACAUUGCCCUGGAGAUACCUUUGAAAGCCCGAUCUGGUUCUACUCGCCUGCGCUGGUGGCAGCCAUCUGAAAAUGGGCACUUCUACAGCCCUUGGGUUAUUGAUCAGAUUCUCAUUGGAGGAAAUAUUACUGACAAUACAGUAUUGGAAGAUGAUUUUACAACUUUGGAUAGUAAGAAAUGGCUGCUUCACCCAGGAGGCACCAAAAUGCCUGUGUGUGGCUCCACUGGUGAUGCUCUGGUCUUCAUUGAAAAGGCUAGCACCCGUUAUGUGGUCACCACAGACAUUGCUGUGAAUGAGGACUCCUUCCUACAGAUCGACUUUGCUGCCUCCUGCUCAGUCACUGACUCUUGCUAUGCUAUUGAAUUGGAAUACUCAGUGGAUCUGGGACUGUCGUGGCACCCGUUGGUGAGGGACUGUCUGCCCACCAAUGUUGAAUGCAGUAGCUACCACCUCCAGCGGAUCCUGGUGUCAGAUACUUUCAACAAGUGGACCAGAAUUACUCUGCCUCUCCCUCCUUAUACCAGGUCCCAAGCUACUCGUUUCCGCUGGCAUCAACCAGCUCCUUUUGACAAGCAGCAGACGUGGGCAAUAGAUAAUGUCUACAUCGGGGAUGGCUGCAUAGACAUGUGCAGUGGCCACGGGAGGUGCACCCAAGGAAGUUGUGUCUGUGAUGAGCAGUGGGGUGGCCUGUACUGCGAUGAGCCUCAGACCUCCCUUCCAACCCAACUUAAAGACAACUUCAAUCGAGCACCCUCAAACCAGAACUGGCUGACUGUGAAUGGCGGGAAACUGAGUACUGUGUGCGGAGCUGUGGCUUCGGGACUGGCUCUCCAUUUCAGUGGGGGUUGCAGUCGAUUGUUAGUCACUGUGGAUCUAAACCUCACGAGUGCUGAGUUUAUCCAAUUCUACUUCAUGUAUGGAUGCUUGAUUACACCAAACAACCGCAACCAAGGCGUCCUCUUGGAAUAUUCUGUCAAUGGAGGCAUCACCUGGAACUUGCUAAUGGAAAUUUUCUAUGAUCAGUAUAGUAAACCUGGAUUUGUCAAUAUUCUUCUCCCUCCUGAUGCUAAAGACACUGCUACUCGUUUUCGCUGGUGGCAGCCAAAGCAUGAAGGCCUAGACCAGAAUGACUGGGCCAUCGACAACGUCCUCAUCGCAGGCUCUGCAGACCAGAGGACUGUCAUGCUGGAUACGUUCAGCAGUGCCCCAGUGCCCCAGCACGAGCGCUCCCCUGCAGACGCAGGCCCAGUUGGGAGAAUUGCUUUUGACAUGUUUAUGGAGGACAAAACUUCAGUGAAUGAACACUGGCUGUUCCACGAUGACUGUACAGUGGAGAGAUUCUGCGAAUCUCCUGAUGGCGUCAUGAUCUGUGGCAGCCAUGAUGGACGAGAGGUGUAUGCAGUCACCCACGACCUGACCCCCACUGAGGGCUGGAUUAUGCAGUUCAAGAUCUCCGUGGGAUGCAAAGUGUCUGAAAAAAUUGCCCAGAAUCAAAUCCACGUGCAGUAUUCUACUGACUUUGGCGUGAGCUGGAAUUAUCUGGUCCCUCAGUGCUUGCCUGCUGACCCAAAAUGCUCUGGAACUGUUUCUCAGCCAUCUGUAUUCUUCCCAACUAAAGGGUGGAAAAGGAUCACCUACCCGCUCCCUGAAAGCUUAGUGGGAAAUCCAGUGAGAUUCAGGUUCUAUCAGAAGUACUCAGACAUGCAGUGGGCAAUUGAUAAUUUCUACCUGGGCCCCGGAUGCUUGGAUGACUGCCGAGGCCAUGGAGAUUGCUUAAAGGAACGGUGCAUCUGUGAUCCUGGAUACUCUGGGCCAAACUGCUACUUGACUCACACUCUAAAGACUUUCCUGAAGGAGCGUUUUGACAGUGAAGAAAUCAAGCCAGACUUGUGGAUGUCCUUAGAAGGUGGAAGUACUUGUACUGAGUGUGGAAUUCUUGCUGAGGACACUGCACUCUACUUUGGAGGAUCCACUGUGAGACAAGCUAUUACUCAAGACUUGGAUCUCAGAGGGGCAAAAUUCCUGCAAUACUGGGGACGCAUUGGCAGUGAAAACAACAUGACCACUUGCCAUCGGCCUAUCUGCCGGAAGGAAGGCGUGCUGCUGGACUACUCUACCAAUGGAGGAAUCACUUGGACUUUGCUUCAUGAGAUGGAUUUCCAGAAAUACAUUUCUGUUCGACAUGAUUACAUCCUGCUUCCUGAGGAUGCUCUCACCAACACAACUCGACUUCGUUGGUGGCAGCCUUUUGUGAUCAGCAAUGGGAUUGUGGUCUCUGGGGUAGAGCGGGCUCAGUGGGCACUAGACAACAUUCUGAUUGGUGGAGCAGAAAUCAAUCCUAGCCAAUUGGUGGAUACUUUUGAUGAUGAGGGCACUUCUCAUGAAGAAAACUGGAGUUUUUACCCCAAUGCAGUAAGGACAGCAGGGUUCUGUGGCAAUCCAUCCUUCCACCUCUACUGGCCAAAUAAAAAGAAGGACAAGACUCACAAUGCUCUCUCCUCCCGAGAACUCAUUAUACAGCCCGGAUACAUGAUGCAGUUCAAAAUUGUGGUGGGCUGUGAAGCCACUUCUUGUGGCGACCUUCAUUCUGUAAUGUUGGAAUACACUAAGGAUGCAAGGUCUGAUUCUUGGCAGCUUGUUCAGACCCAAUGCCUUCCUUCCUCCUCGAACAGCAUUGGCUGCUCCCCUUUCCAGUUCCAUGAAGCCACAAUCUACAAUGCUGUGAACAGCUCAAGCUGGAAGAGGAUCACCAUCCAGUUGCCUGAUCACGUCUCCUCCAGUGCAACACAGUUCCGUUGGAUCCAGAAAGGAGAAGAAACUGAGAAGCAAAGCUGGGCCAUCGACCAUGUGUAUAUUGGAGAGGCUUGCCCCAAGCUCUGCAGUGGGCAUGGGUACUGUACCACCGGAGCAGUCUGUAUCUGCGAUGAGAGCUUCCAAGGUGACGAUUGCUCUGUUUUCAGUCAUGAUCUUCCUAGUUAUAUUAAAGAUAAUUUCGAGUCAGCAAGAGUCACUGAGGCAAACUGGGAGACCAUUCAAGGUGGAGCAAUAGGCAGUGGCUGUGGGCAGCUGGCACCCUAUGCUCAUGGAGACUCUCUCUAUUUUAAUGGCUGUCAGAUAAGGCAAGCUGCUACCAAACCACUGGACCUCACUCGAGCAAGCAAAAUUAUGUUUGUUUUGCAAAUUGGGAGCACAUCUCAGACAGACAGCUGCAACAGUGACCUGAGUGGCCCUCACGCUGUGGACAAGGCGGUGCUGUUACAAUAUAGCGUUAACAAUGGCAUCACCUGGCACGUCAUCGCCCAGCAUCAGCCUAAGGACUUCACGCAAGCUCAGAGGGUGUCUUACAAUGUCCCCCUGGAGGCUCGGAUGAAAGGAGUUCUGCUGCGCUGGUGGCAACCCCGCCACAAUGGAACAGGUCAUGAUCAGUGGGCUUUGGACCAUGUGGAGGUCGUCCUCACUCGCAAACAAAAUUACAUGAUGAAUUUUUCACGGCAACACGGGCUCAGACACUUCUACAACAGAAGACGAAGGUCACUUAGGCGAUACCCAUGAAGAAUCUAAGCUGAUUUUUCUUUGCUUCCAAUCUGUGACGUGUUGCUUUCCCUUCUUUUAAACCUUUCACUGCAUCUAAUAUCAGGAAGUAUCUGUGAAGGACUUGAUGGCGAACAGAAAGCCCUUCUCCGGAGCAAGUGUAUACCACUUCCCCACACUGUGAACCAAUGGCAAGUGACUUAUUCGCUCAUGAGUAAAUGUCUUCAUGUUGAUGUGUCCGUGAAAAUUGUGAUCUGUUGUAAUCAGUUACAGUGACAGUAUUAAGAAUAAGAAAAUAGUUUAAUGGGG